ACUACACGUGUUAGCUUUUGUCUCAAAGUAAUCACAGUAACAAAUCGACGGUGGCCGAACACCAAAACCAGAGCGAAACCCUCGGUACCGAAAGCAAGAGAAGGAAGAUUAUGAAAACGAUCGUGAUCGCAGAAGCGGGUGGGCCCGAAGUCCUGCAAUUGCGGGAAGUGGAGGAUCCGAAAAUCAAAGACGAUGAAGUUUUGAUCAGAAUUGCAGCCACCGCAAUCAACAGAGCCGACACCCUUCAGAGGCAGGGUAAGCACCCUCCGCCCAAGGGCGAGAGCGAGUAUCCCGGUCUCGAAUGCUCCGGCACCAUCGAAUCCGUCGGCAAAAACGUUCACCGUUGGAAGAUCGGCGACCAGGUAUGUGCUCUUGUCGGCGGAGGAGGAUAUGCGGAGAAAGUAGCUGUUCCAGCUGGGCAAGUUCUUCCGGUUCCUUCCGGUGUUUCGUUGGAGGAGGCAGCUAGUUUUCCUGAGGUAGCGUGCACCGUAUGGUCCACUGUCUUCAUGACGAGCCGUCUAGCCAAAGGGGAAACUUUCCUGAUACAUGGGGGCUCCAGCGGAAUUGGUACAUUUGCUAUUCAGGUUGCUAAAUACCACGGCGUCAAAGUUUUCAUCACAGCAGGGAGUGAAGAAAAACUAGCUGCUUGCAAGAACCUAGGAGCCGAUGUUUGCAUCAAUUACAAGACGGAGGAUUUUGUUGAACGAGUGAAGGAAGAAACCGGAGGGAAAGGUGUUGAUGUCAUACUGGAUAACAUCGGUGGUUUAUACUUGAAGAGGAAUCUGGAAAGCCUGAAUUUGGAUGGGAGACUAUUCAUAAUAGGUUUUAUGGGAGGAUCGGUAGCUGAAAUAAAUCUUACCACUUUGUUAUACAGACGCCUUACAGUGCAGGCUGCUGGGCUGCGAGGUAGGCAACCAGAAAACAAAGCUCUAAUUGUGAGUGAGGUUGAGAAAAAUGUGUGGCCAGCGAUAGCUGCAGGGAAGAUAAAACCAGUUGUGUACAAGAGUCUUCCAUUAGAAGAAGCUGCUGAAGCUCAUCGGAUUAUGGAAAGCAGCCAGCAUAUAGGAAAGAUUAUCCUCCUUGUUCAAUAAAAAAAGAUUUGAUGCCAAUUAUGUUCGUUUCUCGAAAAAUGGUUCAGAUACGGUCUUCCUUUUCGUCUUUAUUUCUUUAUAAGAUGAGAAAAAACUGAAAUAUGAUGUGCUCCCUCUCCCUCUCUCUCUCCCUCUCCCUCCCGUUAAACUGACUUUUGUUUGAAUCACCAACAUAACAUCUGAAAUGGAGAUCUGUGAUGGUUUUGACUUGUGUUGGUAGAAAAGAUUCGGUACCAAAAUCAUGAAUAUUCAAACUCCGCUCGACUUUUGAGCCCACCUCAAUCAUAUUAUGGGCGAUUCGCUUCGAGAGUCGUGAUUCCGACUUUCUUGAAUUCA